AUGGGUUUUACAAGUGUUUUGCAAGGUCUUUUUCAGUCUAUAAGUUUGUCUCCUUAUUAUAACUACAAGUCAGCAUUGGAGAAGAAAUGCGCUUGGACAUCACAACACUGUAAAAAUGGGAUAUGCACAGAACAUGUACAAUUUUACUUUCUGGAUGAACGGAUCUGUAAACUAAACGUCAUUGCUCUCAAAGAUUGCGCUGUGUCAAACAAUAGAGGUUAUGUAAAAAUAUCUGUACUUUUGACCCCUCCACCGUCAUAUGGCAUUACUUCCAUAUUGUGCUCUCCAUGUGGACAGUUCAUUGCACUCAUCUGCGAAACAAGUGUGUAUGUUAUUGAUGGAAGUUUUGGACCCAAAGAAUUUAACCAGGACCAAGUUGUUCGCGCAAUUUACUGCGCUAUUGACCUCAGAGAUCUUUCCUCUCAGACUAAACUGAACUCCGUAAUUAUGAAGGUGCGAUGGCAUCCCAAAUCCAGUCGAACCUUAGUUGUUGUAACUGAUAAUUCUUCGAUAUAUUAUAUCUGCUGCGUGAAGUCUUCAGAGAGUCAAAGUAUUCGAUUCAAUUUAUGGCUUGAGGCAGACCUUCACACAUUUACACAUAGUGUCCUCGAUGCAACAUACCAGGACUUAAACGACUCAGACGCAAGUUGUGGUGAUGAGAAUGAUGAGAAUUCAAUACUGUCUAACAACAAAAUGGACUUAAGUUUCGCUUUGGGCAGCAAGUGUGUGGAUUUCGAUUUUGGUUCUCCGUCGUGUGCAUCAAAACGGGGUUCGACAGAAGUUCAGUUAAAGGAUUGCUGUUUGUUCUUAUUGUAUGAAACAGGUGAUGUGAUUCAAGUGUGUGGUUGUUUAUCUGUUCGAAAAGCCAAUCAGUUAGAAAUAAAUGUCUUACGUAUUUUACCACCAUCAAUUGAUAAUUAUGGUGAUGGAUUCUGUGCUAUUCAUUGUGUCCGCCCCAUCGAUAUCCAAGAAAUAUUUGCAUUUGAAAAACCUCCUGAUGUACUUGUAUUGGCGGAUAAAUUUGGUCGUUUGCAUAAUGGCAUUGUUCUACGGGCCAAUUUACCUGAUCAGAAUAAAAUAAAGCAAACCACUGGUCCAUCAGUCCUGCUUUGUCUGAUCGAUAUUGUGGAUCUUGAUUUGACUACCAAUGCAACAGCUGAUCAAGAAGAGAAGUCUUUCCGAAGAAAUGAUACACGAUAUCGCUACACAGAUACUAGUAUGCCCAAUUCUUCAAGUUGUGAGGAAUACGAUCACUUUGAUUCUCCAUCAUUGUCACUGGAACCAGCACAUUUGAAUUUUUUAGACAACAUUGAAUUUAACUGUGCCGCGGUAGAUGGUUCUGAUUUUGUUAAAACCAGAAUUUCUGGGAUGAAAUACUCUCAUCAAGGUUAUUAUGUGAUACAUCAUAUGGGCAUUCAUCUUGUUAGUCUACCAUGGAUAAAAAAUCUUUCACAAUGGUGCAGUGAAUUCAAUACGGAACUGUUAGGAGAAUGUGAAAAACUCACUAGUGAAGACAUUAGAGAUUGGCAGUCAUGUGUGAGGCACCUAGUCUGUGGUCAGAUUAUCGUCUCAACACCAGGGGAAAUAAAUGAAGAAAAUGAAGGAAAAUUUAGAUUAGCUGGUUUUAUGGAGUUGCCAAGUAAUUUACUAGUGAUGAAAGAUAAAGGUGAUCAAGAAUCAAAAAAGUCAGGCAUAUUAGAUAGUUCCAGAUCAUCUAGAGGUGUCACAAUUUUGUUUAUUCGUGCACCAAUACAACCGAUUGAAUCAGAUUCACGAUCAAUCGAUCAUUCAUGUUUGGUGCAAUCCUUAAGUCUUACAGUCAAACUUGACGCCUGCGUGAAGCAGCAACGGUACAGCAAAAGAUCCGAAUUAAGAAAUACUGAUCUAUCUAAAUCUACUAACCGUUCUGAUUUUACUGCACAUAUACAACAAAUACUAUCUGAUGAUGAUUCACAUUUCCCAGUGAUAACAGCCUUGAAUUUACAACUUGACCUUUCUCAACAACAUUUAGUACAAUUUUUUAUCAAGGUUUCUGAUGCACUGCGUAAAGGACCCUUAGAUCGUUUAAUGAAGGCUCGUUCAUUUAUUGAUCAGCAUUCUAGAAGAUUGAAAGAUCUCAUAUUAGCUCAGUAUUCGGAGGCAGAAAAACUUUUAUCUAAACGUCAAGAACUACAGUCUAAAGCUGAAAAUUUAGCAAAACGUCAGGCUGUAGUCACAGAACGUCAAGCCAUGUUAGAUAAACGAAUGGCUAAUUUGUCAGGUCGUUUAGCUGGUUUGGGUGAAGGUCCUACCAAAGCUGAAAUAGCUAUGCAUAAUGAAGUACUUGUUAUUCGUGAUCGCCUACAUAAGGGUCUUAGACAGUGGUUGUCAACACUUCAGAACCGCCGUGCUAAGUUAGAGAAGCAACUAAUGCUGUGUAGAAAGACAGGUCGAUUGUCCGUCUGUACGCCCGUCUCUGGUAACAUCUCCAGAAAUGAAGAGGAUAAUGAGGGAAAUCAGUGGCAGCUGGUAUCAGAUGAACUUCGACGUGAAACUGUGGAAAUCAAAAUGUUGAUUAAUGCAGUUAAAACACUGAAUACAAAAUCUAUCAAUCCAACUUGA